AAAACCCCAGUCCGGUAGGUGGCGGUAAAAACUCGUUGCUUAGCAACGCCCAAAUCCACAGACGAGGAAGAAGCGCCUCGGAUUUAAAAACAGGCGGCAAGAGAAGAAGGAGAAAAGUGAAACGAAGAUGACGAAGGACAAUGACAUAGACAUCAGGGAGGCGUUCCAGCGAGCUCAGAAGGGCCACAAUAACAAGGCGAAGCUGGUGGCGAGUCUGAAGAGCAGAUACAACAAGCUCGAUGACAAGACUCUUUUCCAUGAAGAGUUCGUCUUCUACCUGAAAUAUGCGAUGAUUGUCUACAAACGGGAGCCGGCGGUUGAAAAUGUCAUAGAGUUUGUCGCAAAAUUCGCCACAAGUUUCCAGUCUCCACCUAAAACAGAGGAAGAGGGGCAGGAACAACAAGAGGAGGAAGGGGAUGAAGAGGAAGAAGAAGCCGACGAUCAUCCAUUUCUGAGUUUCAUCUUUAACUUUCUGUUGGAGUCUCAUAUAGCUAAUAGUCAUGCAGUCCGCUUCCGAGUGUGCCAGCUGAUCAACAAACUGCUGGGCGGUAUGGCAGAGAAUGCCCAGAUCGAUGACGACCUCUUUGAUCACAUCCAUCAAGCCAUGCUGGUCCGGGUCACAGACAAGUUCCCAAAUGUGAGGAUUCAGGCUGCGUUGGCCAUGACUCGCCUUCAGCAGCCGAUGGACCCCGACUGUCCCACAAUCAAAGCAUACAUGUUGAUUCUGGACAAUGAUACCAACGCUGAGGUGCGGCGUGCCGUUCUGUCCUGCAUCGCAAUGUCCCCUCGGACGCUCCCUAAAGUGCUCAAACGCACUCGGGACAUCAAAGAGAACGUCCGUAAGCUGGCCUACCAGGUUCUUGCUGACAAGGUUCACAUUAAAGCUCUUACCAUCGCACAGAGAGUUGGGCUGUUGCAGCAGGGCCUUCACGACACCUCAGAGGCUGUGAGGGAGGUGGUUUGCAGUCGUCUGCUCCCGGCUUGGCUGCUCCUACUGAACGGUAACGUCAUCGAGCUGCUCCAUCGGCUUGACGUGGAGAACUGCGCUGAAACUGCUAUCGAGACACUGAAAGCUGUCUUCAGGAACGCACCCAAUGAAGAGCUGCUGCAGAACAAGGAACUGCUUGACGACAGGAAGCUGAUCCCACUGGACUCCCUGACCUGCGAGAACGUGCUUCACUGGAGAGCUCUGUGCGAGUUCAUCAGGGGUAAAGGAGAUGAUGGUGAUGAGUUGCUGGAACAAGUGCUACCAGAUGCUGCAACUUAUGCCAAUUACCUCUGUGGCUAUCUAAAGGCAGUUCCUGUCCUGUCAGAGGAGCAGCGAGCUGACUUCAACCAGGUCGAGCUCGUCAUGACCAAGGAGUUCAUCUCGCAGCAGCUCAUCCAUCUCAUCGGUUGCCUGGAUACCAAUGAGGAAGGUGGCAGGAAGCGUGUGCUGGCUGUUCUGCAGGAGAUGCUGGCUCUUCCACAGACCCCCUCUUCCCUCGUCUCCCUGCUCACCGAGAAACUCCUUGCCCUCGUCCCUGAUGACCAGAGACGCAUCCAAACCGUGGCAGAAAUCAUUUCGGAUGUGAGGGAGCCCAUCAUGGAGGCCAGUCAACCGGUGGAUGAGAACGAGAAUCGGCGCUGGCAGGUUCAGCUUGCAGAGGUGAAAGUCCGCUUCUUGGAGGCCAAGCAAAGUUUGGAGGACUGCAUCGCUGCCCAGGAGUUCAGCCGAGCUGCGGAGCUGAAGGAAUCCAUCACGAGCCUCGAGGAGCGCAGGAACCAGAUCCUCCAGGAGAUGGCGGCCAGCAGUCAGCCCUCUGACAAGGAGGUCCGCACUGAGAAGAAUGACCCAGAGACUCUUUUAAGGUGUCUGACGAUGUGUGCUGAACUUCUGAAGCAGAUGAACAUCAAGACUAGGAUCGGUCCAACCCUCAGCGCCCUGACGUCCUCUCUGAUUUUUCCCAGUAUCGCAAACGCUCAUCCUGCCGUCCGCAACAUGGCCGUGCUUUGUCUGGGAACCUGCACUCUGCACAGCAGGGAGCUGGCCAAGACCCACAUGGUCCUGCUGUUACAGAUUGCCCAGCUGGAUGAGGUGAAGAUCCGGAUCAGUGCUCUGAGGGCCAUCAUCGACCUGCUGCUGCUGUUCGGUUUCCAGCUGAUCUCCGACAAAGCCUCCGCCCAGAUGAGCAAACCCAGCCAGUCGCCGGACAAGCAGGAGGACGACGCGUCGGCAGCGGAGGACAAGGGAGACGUGGCUGAGGACACCACGCAGAGUGUCCUGGUGAUGCUCUCCGAGUUCCUGGACAGUGAGGUGUCAGACCUGAGGACGGAGACGGCGGAGGGUCUCGCCAAACUGAUGUACACGGGCCGCAUCUCCAGUGCCAAGAUGCUCUCACGCCUGGUGCUGCUGUGGUACAAUCCUGUCACCGAGGACGACACCCGCCUACGGCACUGCCUCGGCGUCUUCUUCCAGCUCUACGCCCGCGAGAGCAGAGCCCACCAGGAGGUUGUGGAGGAGAGCUUCCUGCCAACAGUUAAGACUCUCUUGAAUGCGCCGGCUACUUCUCCGCUCGCUGAGGUGGACGUUAACAACGUGCUGGAGCUGCUCGUUGAGCUGACCCGGCCAAGUGCUCUUAUUAAACCCUCCACCAACACUGAGGCGGUGUGUGUCCACGACUACCUGGCGGUGCGUAUUUGUGGGGAGAUGCUGAAAGACCCCACGGCCCCCGAGGUCCGUCUUUACGCCAAGACUCUCAGCAACCUGGAGCUGAGCCGGGAGGAGCGGGUCAGGGAGGACCUGCAGACGCUGCUGCAGCAGCUGGUGCAGGUGGUGAAGGAUCGCAUUUGCCUCCGCGCUCUGGAGAAGAUGCUGAAUCAGCUGGUGAACCUGAAGGACCAGGCCGAGCUCCUGAUUGCGAGUGCGCUGCAGCCGCUGGAUGUGAACGCAGAUGACGCUGCAACGGAAGAUCUAUCGAAAUCUGCCAGGAGACCCAAAAGAGGUCAGAGGAAGGGCGCGACUCCCAAAGGGGCCAGAAAGGCGAGCAGAAGGACAGAGUCGUCAGAGGAGAGUGACGGAGAAAACGUCCCGGCGUCUGUUCCCAUGGUGCGUCCAUCACGGAGAGCAAAGACUGCAGCUCUGGAGAAGACGAAGCUCGACCUCAACCCCCUCCUCAAUCAGGCCAACAUGUCUUAAGAAACGGACGCAUUACCGGCCUCGGCACAAUCAGAACUUACUAUGAAUCUCCUUCUAUUAGAGUCCCAUUCUAUUUUCAGCUUUUUUUUUUAUAUAUAUAUUUUUAACCAUUUCAUCAAUAUUAAAGUGACACAAAUGUAAAAGCUUUUUUGGAGGAAUUUUCUUGAAUGAAUGAAUGAAUGAAUGAUUGUGUUGGUAAAUAUAAUUUGAGAUACUCUCCAACCAUUUGACUUUCCCUGAUACGUUUUCAACAAACAUCGACCCAAUUUUUACCCAGAAAUGGUAAAAGAUGAGGAGGAAUUGACAUACAAAUUAUAGUUGAUCCUUGAACAUUAAAUAUUCGCAAGCAGAAAAUGAUGCCAACAUUAAAGAUUUAGCAGCUUAUUUGAAGUC